UCUCUUGUUUUUAUGCAGAUUUCCAAUAAAUUAGUCUCAGGUAGAGUAAGUGGUCCCAUGUGUCUCUUUCACUCAAGUAAACAAUAGUUUUGUUCUCUAAGUAAAGGAGUUGGCCCAAUUUUUUGCAUAUCUAAGUCAUGGGUGUGGACCAAUUGAGGACACUCCAAAAAAAAUUUCAAAACAUAUAUGCAAAAAAAAAAAAUCUAAAUGUGGGCCAGGCCUUCCCUGGCCAGGGCUGGGCUCCGACUCUGAUGGAACCGAAGAGCACAUUUCUGAUCUCCGACUUCGACUGUAGUUGGAAUGAAUUUUACCCUCAAACUCUGAUUCCAAACUACUAUGACAUGGUCUUCAACUCCGCCUUGUCGGAAGCGGAACGGACUUUCGGAUUUAAGCUAGAAGCAAACCCUCUAUUGCUCCAUCUCAGAUCUAUUGCUCCAUCUCAGAUCCAUUGCUCCCUCCAUCUCAACAAAAAGAAGAGAUCUAAGAAAACGAUUCUCCGAUCUAAGAAAAGAAGGGGUUUCUGCAGGAUGCAGAUAAGAGAGAGAGAGAGAUACUAACUCAGAUCGGAGUCGUUAUUUAUUGACGUCAGAGACCUAUCUUCUUGCUUUUGAGUACACCAAACGUCGUCGUCUUUGCCAUCGAGGUUUAAUCGAGAAAGUUGAGACUGCUUUCUGAGUACAUGAAACGUUGUCAUUUAUGUGUAUGAGAGAGAGAGAAAGAGAAAGGGGAUUUUAUAUAAUAGUAUUAUGUAAUUUAUAACUUAUAUAA